GGCGCCGGGCAGCGGGGCAGAGCGGAGCGCAGGAAGCGGCCAUGCCGUUCGUGGAGCUGGAGACCAACCUGCCGGCCGAGCGGCUGCCGCCGGGGCUGCCCCUGAAGCUGUGCGAAGCCACCGCCACCAUUCUGGGCAAACCCGCCGAGCGGGUGAACGUGACGGUACGCAGCGGGAUGCCCAUGGUGCUGGCGGGCUCGGCCGAGCCCUGCGCCCAGCUGCUCGUCUCCUCCAUCGGCGUGGUGGGCUCGGCGCAGCAGAACCAGGGGCACAGCGCCCGCUUCUUCGACUUCCUGACGACGGAGCUGGGUCUCGGCCCCGAGCGCAGUGACAUUCCCUGCCCUGGGCUGCUGUCAGGAUAAGGACCCAGCGAGGUGAUGAGAUACCUGGGUACUGCUGAGAUCUGUGCUGAAGUUCAUUCUGCUCUGGGGUUUGUGCCACCUGUUUGUACCCUGCUCACAUGCAGCUUGUCUGCUUCUGUUCAGUUAACGCCACACUGUGAGCCAGCCAGAGCUUAGGGAAGAUUUUCUAGUUAGUUGCACACUGGGAAGGAAUUAUAAUUCAUUCAAAAAUAAUAUUUUUCUGUCCACCACGUUGUUGCUCUUACACCCAAUAAGGAUUGCCAUUCGCUUUUACCCGCUGGAGCCAUGGCAGAUUGGCAAGAACAGAACAGUCAUGACUUUCCUGUGACCCCUCAAGCGGCCGUUUGGAACAAAGCAGCGAUGAAGACAACCCGGAGAUGACCUGCUCCAUCUACCUUGUUUCCUCUUAGAUCAGUUCUAAUAGUUCUGCACCUUCACCCGUGUGAUUCUCUUCUGCCUUUGGACACUGUGCAUAUAAAGAGUGGGGCAUUCAGCUGUACUGUUAUCAUCAGAGUAAUUCAAAGUCCUUGUCUCAAGCCUUCCUUGUAGUACAGAGGCUGUGCAGGUGCCUAAGCCAUUAGCGAUCUGGAGAUGGCCAUACUUAACAGGCUGAGACAGAGCUCUCUUGCAGAAGUCCAGAACGUAUUUGGCUUUACUGAGAACCGCAGAGGUUCUCCAGUUUAUCCAGAUUACCUGAUGCUUUGUAGUGCAGAAGAAUCCUCCUUUCUGUUUCUCUGUGGCAAGAGGUGGCUCCUAGGCUGUCUGAGGAGAACUGGAAGUAUUCCUUCAAGUUAUUCUGUUUUCAGGCUCCCCAAAAGCCCUUCCUGGAAAGAGGGGGGAUUGUUAGAGACAAGCUUAUGCAUUUAUUUCAUUGUUUAAGGCUCAUGUCUGAUUUUCGUGCUCUGUGGUCUACCAUUGCCAGCUGCAGGUGGCUGCUCCCACAAAGCUUUGUUUGCCCACAGAAUCUUUGUGGCUGGAUGUCUGUGGCUGUGUGUAGAGGACGGAGCUGCUCGUGAAGAUCUGCACUGUGCACAGGAAAAUGUUGUGAAGGUUCUGCCUUUAAUCCCUGCUGCUUACGCUGGUGUUCAAAACAGUUUUCAUAUCCUCACUCUUACAGGGAGUUUUGGGAAGGGACAGACAUCUCACUGUGCCCUGUGGCUGAUUUUUCAGCUCCCUGCCCUAUGCAGAAGGGCUGCUGUAGUUGUCCACAAAUGAGUUAGCACACAGGCAGCAUUCUGCCUAUUGCACUCAGAACCUUAAAACUUCUGUUGCUGUUGCACUUCACUCCGAACUGUCUUGGAUUUUAGGACCGGUAUGCUCCAUCACUUUAUAACUGGAAUGUACAUGGUAUUUUAUGAAAACAAAAACACAGUAAUGUUAUCUCAGCCUUCCACUGAAAAUGAGAACAUGCACUGGCUUCCCCUUCACUUUGGGACUUUGUCAGGUGCCAGGCACAGAGGACCUAAUUGCAUGUCCUUGAGAGGUAGAGAUCCACGAAACACAAGGCUGAAGAGUCUCCGUUCCUUCAUAAUCCUGAUAGAUUUGUUUGUUUAUGUCUUGAGCUCUCAAGUAGUUGAAAAUAUCCUUUCUAAUGAUCACUUGAAUUUGGUUAUUCCUUAUGCAGCCUAAGUAUCUUCUGUGUUUGCAAAAUCCCCCCUCGGGGAGCCACGCUGUCUGAUUAAUAAAAUGUAUCAAAACCUCUU